GUGCGUGCGUGUGUGCGCGCGCACGUUAGGUAGUUUGUUUGAAUACUGCUGUUCAGCACGAGCCCAGGAAUUUUAUUUGAUCCUUCUUCCCUAAACAAAUUGUUAAAAAAAAAAAAUCCGUAACUGUUUUCUACAGUGAUUAAUGAUCGGUAGGGAAAAGUCAUCUCUAAACCCACGGACAACAGAACAACUGAAUGGACGAAGAAACGGAGUGAUGUUUUGUAAAUUUGUCCGUUAUGAUGAAUGAGGAUCUUAAAGAUCUACUGCGUCAAAGGUCUGACAUGAUGGUAUGGACUUCUUUAUCAUAAAAGAAAAAAGCUCUUCUAAACAGACUUAUGGUAAAAAUGGAGUCAUGGACAUUACUCCCUGCUCCUCCUAACCUUUCCUUUCUUGAGCCCCUUCUUUAUGACAGCUUCUUCCCAGUAAAUGAGUCUAAGUUUAACCCAGAGGAUUUUUUUAACAACACCACUCACCAUGCCUUUGACCGGACAAGCUCUGUGGUUAUCACCUUUGUGUACUUUGUGGUGUGUGCUGUUGGACUCUGUGGAAAUGCAUUGGUCAUGUAUGUGAUCCUUCGGUAUGCUAAGAUGAAGACUGUCACCAACAUUUAUAUUCUUAACCUGGCUGUUGCAGAUGUUCUGUGUAUGAUUAGCUUGCCCUUUAUUGCAAUUCAGCUAGCAUUGCUUCACUGGCCUUUUGGCGCUGCCAUUUGCCGUAUUGUCCUUACCAUGGAUUCACUGAACCAGUUCACCAGCAUUUUCUUCCUGACCGUAAUGAGCAUUGACCGUUAUCUUGCUGUGGUACAUCCAAUCAAGUCUACUAAAUGGCGCAAGCCAAGAGUGGCCAAAAGCAUCAGCCUUGCGAUGUGGGGGGUGUCACUGCUGGUUAAUUUGCCCAUUAUGAUCUUUAGUGGCCUGAACACUAAUAAGAAUGAGGCACGGACAUGUACUAUGCUGUGGCCAGAACCUCAAAAUACCUACUACACUAUCUUCAUCUUCUAUACGUUUUUCUUGGGCUUCUUUCUGCCACUUAUUGUUAUUUGCCUGUGCUACCUGCUCAUCGUAAUCAAGGUAAAGUCCUCAGGCAUGAGAGUUUGCUCCAGCAAGCGAAAGCGCUCUGAGCGCAAAGUAACACGCAUGGUAUCCAUUGUGGUAGUUGUGUUUGUGCUCUGCUGGCUACCAUUCUACAUGUUUAAUGUGGCAUCUGUGACAGGCACACUCAUCCCUACACCAGUGCUGAAGAGCACUUUUGAUUUUGUAGUAGUACUGGGAUAUGCCAACAGCUGUGCCAACCCCAUUCUCUAUGCAUUCUUGUCAGAUAACUUCAAGAAGAGCUUUCAGAAUGUUCUUUGCCUCAAGAGGGUGGGAGGCCUGGAUGAAAUUGAGCGUAGUGACAGUCGGCAGGACAGGACACGGAUGGUCAAUGAUAUCAUCACAGAGACACAAAAUGCUGCCCUACUUAAUGGCGAUCUUCAGACAAGCAUCUAGGAAUGGCCAUCUAGGAAAUCUGGAUUUACAAAAAGAUAACCAGUACUACUUAAAGGAGUCCACUUUGCCUGAUUUUGAACACUUUUAGGGGACCCAAUAAAUUGUACAGGAUUGGUUAAUUCAGAGGUAACUUUUUUAAUCACUUCAUUUUAUGUCCAGACAUCACUGACAAUAUUGACUAUAAAGGGGGAGGACUACUAUCUCUUCUUUGGAAUCAUCUUUGUGCAUAUUUUAAGAAAACCGGGAUCCAGCAAAAAGAGACCACAAUCAUAAAGGCAUAUUAAGAAUGACACUCAACCACAUUUGUUUGCGUUAUGAUUCUGUGAGCAAUAGCCAUAACUGUUGCUGUUUGUUCAUAUAUAUUAAUGAAGAAAUUAUUUUGUCCUGAUAAGGGAAACAGAAAUGAACUCUCAAGAGAGAAAAUGUUGACUUGCAAAAACCCUCUGUUAUUAUGAUAAUGUGUUAAUUUCAAGGAGUUUUUCAUUUGCAUAUCAGAUAAGAAAUAAUUUUUCUGACACCACAUGGUUGUGACAUUCAGUUAUAUAAAUACUAAAUGUAUUUACUUUAAAAACAUCUUGCAGUCAUUCUAAAUGCAGGUGUCUGGAUGCUGCUGUGCUAUUCACUUAGGCAUUGCUUGCUGAAUUAGAGACAAUAAAAAAAGAAAUGAAUUUAUAUUUGGGUGAUUAGUUAUACAGAAAAAGAAAUGGACAGAAGGAUUAAGAUUAUUGGAGGGGGGGGCAAUUUAAGGGGUAUACUUUAUCAGUCCUUGGCUGCAAUAUCCGAGAGAAACUCCCAUCAGUAAAAUAUAUGUCCAAAUAUGUAUGUAAUGACAGAUUGUUAAGGAUAAUUGGAUAUUUAAUUUCCACUCAAGACACUGAUAAUGGUUAAUCCAUAAAAAAGAAUUUAGACAUGAAUUCUGAAGAAGAUGCAGAGAGUGGGAAAAAUGCUCACAAAUAGCUGGCAUGCUGUGGUCAACCAAACUAUAUUAACAAUAAUACAUUACCAUGCCUGAAAAAUAAUGUGCAGAUAUCUAAAUCAUACGUUUUAUAUAUUAUACAAGCAUUACAUUUGUAUGUGUGAUUGUAUAAAUAUCUUAAACCUGUUAAUCUACAUAGUGUUCGUUUAUCUGUAAAUAGUACAUGUAGUACACAAUAGUACAUUAAAUUCUAUAAAAACUUGAUCAUUGGAAAAAAUGGAGAAUUUACUUUUGCUAUAUAAAGUUAGCAAUGUAAUAUUGUGUGGUAUAGAAAGGGAAACACAGGUUUGUGUCCAGAGGUAGUCCAGCUAAUCCAUGUAAUUGUUAAAUUGGCCAGAGCAGGUAUGCAUGUUGCAAAAUGUAGUAUAUACAAGUGUUUUUAUUGGCAGCCUCAAUGAGAGGUUUAAAAAAAUACUUUAUUUAAAAAUGUAAGAAGAGAAAAACAAUUGAAAAACAAUAGUCUAAGAAAUUCAUUAAUUUAUCUUCUGUCUUGGAAUAAACUAAAUAUGAUGACAAACAUACAAAAAAUAAGGACAAAGUGAAUUAGUUGGAUUAGAAAAUGGAGUGAAAGAUGCUCAUACUGUCUACAUCUUACUGCCCAGUAACCUUAAGGGACAGAAAGAACAUUUGGCCGAGUCAGUUGAAGAACCUUUUUUUGUAUAAAGUAUGACAACCAUAACCAGAACGUUUUGUGGUAUUAUUGGUCUAUGUGAGAUUAUGAUGUUGUAAUAGAUUCUCCUAUUACACUGUAUCCUCUGGUAAAACCUUAUAGCACCAGACAACUUCCAAUGCACUGUAAACAUGUUUAACAAGGACUGCUCAUUAUAUUAAAAAACACUUAAGAGUUAUAAGUAAUUUAUAAACAUAAAUGCUUAGUGUUUAAGCAAGUAAACAAGCAAGUUUAUUCAGACAGCUUAUGAAUUUUACAAAGAACUGUGUGUAUAUGUGCUGUAUAUUUGACUUGCAGAUAUCUAAAGCUGCUAAAUUGCAAAUGUAAUCAAAACUCUCCUAUAACUGAGGAACAUUAAACAUGCAUUUGCGAGUGGCUCGAACAAA